UGCCACUCUUGGGGGGGGCACGGCGCAGACUGAGAGGGGCAAUGGGUCCCACAGGCCAGCUGGAGAGGGGCAGGAUGGAGGUGGGGGUGGAAACUUCCCUGAGCCAGGCUCUGAUUUCAUCCCAGACCUUGAGGGGGAAAAAACCCUCCAAAGUUCAGAGGACUUUACACAACAAAACAGACUUCAAAAGAAGCAGGAAGAAAAUCACGCUUUGUUUGACCACAUAAGAACCCUCUUUUUUUCCCCAUGCAUGUAACUAUCAUUGGAUUGUGAUGAAUCUUUCCUGUAUAAAUACACAAGUGGUGUGACCCUGGUCCCCAGAAGCUGUGUCCCGUUCCAUCCAGGUCAUUCCAUAACUUGGGGGCCAUUUGUCGAUCAACUACCAAACACAAAGUGGGUGUGCUGUGAGCCCCUACACAGGCACAGGACAGAGACUGACCUGUGACAGGGAGCCAGCAUCCAGGAGGGCACAAGGCUAAGGCUCCUGGGUUUGGACCUCAGUCUCCUUCCUCAUGUGGCAAGCGAUCAUUUAUAGGGGCACUCUGUAUGGGCGGUAUCUUCUGUCCCCGCCCCCCAUUUUCUCUUUCCUCCUCUCCUUUCCACCAGAUACUCCUCCCUUCUCUCUCUUUUUCGAGAUUGGGUCUUGCUAUGUAGCUCAGGCUAGCCUGGAAAGCAGCAAUCCUGCCUGAGUCAGGAAGGGGGCAGGUAAAUGGCAGAACCCAGGGCAGCACGUGGAUCCGCAGGGCUCCGCACGGGUGUGGGCACGCGGUGCCACCGUUCCCCGCUGGGCCUGUGGCUGGUCUGGGGCCGGCAGGCACCAAGAUGGCCUCACCACCAGUCCCCCGGAAAGCCUCGGUGGACACCAGGAGAGGUUCCGCGGAGAUCCAGAAGGGCUCCGCAGUGACCAGGAAGGGCUCUAGAGACAGCAGGAAACUUUCUGCGGAGAUGAAGAAAGACCCCGGAGAGGCCCAGAAGGGUCCUGGCGAGGUCAGGAGGAAGAUCUCUGCACAGAAGGAGUCCAUGGGCAUGGGGUCCAAGAAGUGGAGUUUGGGCGAAGACAGGAGGGUUUCGAUCGACAGCAUGAGGGGUUCGUUCGAGAGCAGGAAGACCUCUUUUGACAGCAAGCGAAGUUCCACUGAGGGCAGGAGGGGCUCAAGCGAAGGCAAGGGCAGUUCGUCCUCCAUCCCUUCCAGUGUGCGACCCAGCAAGGUGCCAUGGGUCACCCUGAUGAGAGCCUUGGGUCGCUUCAAGCUGUCCCUCCCGAAUAUCCGUCAGUACCAUAUGCUGGCCGCUCGCGACCCCCUGGCCGUGGACACGGAACUGCCACGUGCGAAGCACAAGGCAAUAGUGAAGAGGUUAUGGGGCAACCACCAGCCUCUUGCCAAGAUCCCGUAUAAAGUUCUGAUCGGGCACGACAACAUCGUGAGCUCCUGCCACUUCUGUAUAAAUGACACCAGGAUCCUCAGUGGCUCCUAUGACUGCUCGGUGAAGCUGUGGGACGCUGCCUAUGGAUCUCCGAUUUGGGAUUUUGAGCCACGACCCAAAGCUCCUGUUUUAGAAUGCAGUAUCACGGCUGACAGCAGAAGAAUCGUCGCAUCAUCUUACGAUAAAACCGUGAGGGCUUGGGAUGUCGAGACAGGUCAGCUUCUGUGGAAAAUCCGGCACGACACCUUCGUAGUGUGCUGUAAAUUCUCUCCCAACGGAAAGUUCGUGCUCACAGCCUUGGACGUGAAUCGCGGGAUUUGCUUAAUUGAUCCGGAAAACAUUACCACCGUGAUCCAGAUCAAAGAUCAUCACAGAAGGUCCAUCACAGCAUGCUGCUUUGAUCCUGACAGCCAGAAGGUAGCUUCUGUCGCCAUGGACAGGUGUAUCAAGAUCUGGGAUAUCACAUCCCAAACCACGCUGUUUACCAUACCCAAGGCACACGCCAAUACCAUCUCAGACUGCUGCUUCACCGUCAGUGGCCACUUCCUGUGUACCAGCUCCUGGGAUAAAAACUUAAAAAUAUGGAAUAUCCACACGGGGGAGUUUCGAAAACGCGGGGCCUGUGUGACUCUGAUGAGGGGCCACCAGGGCUGUGUGAGUUCCUGCUGCAUUGCCAGAGACAGCUCUAUCCUCAUUUCUGGUGGCUUUGACAAGACGGUGACGAUUUGGGAUGUAGGAGAUGGUUACCGAAAGCUGUCAUUGAAGGGCCAUGAUGACUGGGUGACAGAUGUUGCUAUUAGCAGCAACAAGAAAUGGAUCAUCUCUGCUUCAAAGGACAACACCUUGAGACUGUGGAAUAUUGAAGAUCUGGAGAAAAUUCCUUUGGUAACUGAGAACAAGAGGACCAUGGGCUGCAAGGUCAAGCAGUGCAAAAGCUGUGACCAGUUUUUCUCCGCCUUUGAAAACGAGUCUUCUGUAUUAGCCAAGCGGUGUAUGUUCUGCCGGAGACAGGAGGACGGAGAAUCUGGCUCCUCCUCAUCGUCAUUGGAAGAGAGUAAGGACAGCUGAUGG